UAAAAUUACCAUAAGCAUUUGCAAAUAAAGAACACUAAGCGGCAACAAAUAGUGUUGAUCGUUUCUAUGUUGUUUUCUAUUUUCACCUUCAUUUGCAAUUUACACAAACCCUGAAGAACAAAAUGGAUGAAGAAGAGAGAAGAAUCCUCCUCGACAGGGAAAGGUACCAGAUCGAACAGAUUCGCCAGCUCGAUCUUGAGGAGUUGCAGAUCGAGGAGGUUGAUGAUAUUCUCGAAUCUUCCGAUGAAGACACUGACCCUACUGGUCGCGGAUUUGGCGGCGCAACCUUCGAUGGCGAGUUCACUUACAAUACCUGCGUAGUAUCCUUACAUUCAUAUUUGGGUGAGGUUGAAGACGCACGCCAUAGGACAGCUUUCUAUGAUGGUGGUGCUGUAUUGAACACUCCGCUUUUCUGUCUAGAAGGUGUCGUACUCUUUCCUGGGGCUACCCUUCCCCUGAGAGUGACUGAAGCAAAUCUUGUGGCUGCUAUUGGGAGAGCUUUGCGUCAGGUUGAUGUUCCUUACACUAUUGGUGUGAUUCGAGUUCACAGGGAUACUGCAAAUUAUAGGAUGAAAGCCGCAAGUGUUGGAACGACUGCAGAGAUUCGACAAUAUGGGCGCCUGGAGGAUGGUUCAUUGAAUUUGGUCACCCGUGGACAGCAACGCUUUCAUCUGAAAAGACAUUGGAUUGAUGCAGAAGGAGUGCCUAAUGGAGAGAUACAGAUUAUUGAGGAAGACAUGCCAUCGAGAAUGCCACGGGAUGCUUUUGGGAAGUUAGCACCUUUGAGUAAUAUACCACAUAGUUGUGUCGUCUCACGUCUUCUACCCUCAAAGUAUUCUCACCUAGGAGUGUGUGGAUCUAAAGUUGGGGUAAAUGAUUCAGAAACAAAUUCAGAAGAUAGCUUUGAGAGUGAGCUUUCGCCAAUGGAUAGGAGAAUGCACCAUUCAAUCAUUGGCUCUGGCUAUGACCAUGACUUGAUGGAUGAAUCAGCAAGCAGUGGUGAUGAUAAAUUCUUGUAUGAGUCUGAUCAGGAAAUUAGGUCUAACCAAAAUGAUUCUGACUCCUUGAGAUUGUUGCUCUCUAACUAUGGAAAAGAUGCUGAAAUUCAAGAUUCAAGAAUUGGGCAUUGUUCUACUUCGGGAAAGCAGUCUUCCAUAAGGGAACAGCUUAGGUGCCGUAAAACUAUCGAUGUCUGCUCAUCACAUAAAAUGUCAAGAGCAUUCUGGCCUCAUUGGGUAUAUCGUAUGUUUGACUCAUAUUGGCUUGCACAAAGAGCUUCAGAUAUGUGGAAGCAAAUAGUUGGGGCGCCAAGCGUGGAUGGUCUUGUCAAAACGCCUGAUGUUUUAUCAUUUUAUAUUGCCAGUAAAAUACCUGUUUCUGAAUCUACAAGACAGGAGCUUUUGGAUAUUGAUGGCAUUCCAUACCGACUGCGCAGGGAAAUUGAAUUACUAGAGAGUAUUGAUCUUGUUCGGUGUAAGAUCUGUCAGGCUCUAAUUGCAAAGCGAAGUGAUAUGUUAGUGAUGUCUAGUGAGGGUCCUCUUGGUGCGUAUGUAAAUUCAAAUGGUUUUGUGCACGAGAUAAUGACUCUAUCGAAGUCAAAAGGCUUAGCCCUCAUGGGGCCACCAGUUACAGAAUAUAGUUGGUUUCCCGGGUAUGCAUGGACAAUCGCAAACUGUGGUACAUGUGAAAUUCACAUGGGGUGGCUUUUUACGGCCACCAACAGAAAACUGAAGCCCAGGUCAUUUUGGGGAAUACGUAGCUGUCAAGUUGCAGAAGAAAUGCGCUAAACCUCCAAUUCUGGUUUAGUGGCCAAGUAGUUGAGAUCUUUAUACAUUCACAACUAACUCAAUGGAAAUUCAUAGUAGGAUGCUGAAAAUUGUAUCAUUGUGUGUAUGCCUUUCUUUUUUACAUUCGUUGAAUAAAAGAAAAAGGAUCAUGCAUAUACAGACAGGUCAUUCAUGAUGCUGAGUUCUUUAUGUAGUUAGAGUAGAAUAAAUUUCCAUAAUAGUCCAUGAGAUU